GGUGAAGUGAUAUAAAUCAAAUAUUUGUAUAUAUGAAUUUGGGCAGAACCAUAGAGCAGGAAAGCAGGCCUAGAAAUAAAUAUUUGAUUUCAUGGGUGCUUCUAAUUUUAGAAUUCUUUUAUUGUGUUUUGUGUGUUUGUCAUACUAUUCGAAUAUAAUAUUUCGAGUAUCUUGUAGAAUAUGUUUUAAUUGAUGGUAUUCAUGUACAGUCUAGAAAAUAACCUUAAUUUCAAACUAUCGAUAGUCUCGAUUACGAUAUACCCAUCAUACCCUAAAAUUCUUACCUUUCUAGCUGAAAGCGUGUUAAAGUAAAAGAAGAAGGUUCCAUGAAAUUUUCCCAACGAAAAGUUAAAAAACCGAAGAAAUAAGAUGUCUGGUCCGACGCACAAGUACCGCUACAAGAACGUGGGGCUGGACUCCCAGGAGCUGCGCCGGAGGCGGGAGGAGGAGGGGGUGCAGCUGCGCAAGCAGAAGCGGGAGCAGCAGCUGUUCAAGAGGCGCAACGUCCCCAUCCCCACCUCCCCGGACGAGGAUGGCACCAUGCAGGAGGAGGUAGUGUCCCUGAGCAACUCCACGCCGGGCAUCACGGGGACCAUGGUGCAGGCGCUCUACUCCUCCAGCGUGGACGAACAGCUGGCGGCCACCCAGAAGUUCCGCAAGCUGCUGUCGCGGGAGCCCAAUCCGCCCAUCGACGAGGUGAUCCAGACCGGCAUCGUGCCCCGCUUCGUCGAGUUCCUGCAGAACAACACCAACUGCACCCUCCAGUUCGAGGCGGCGUGGGCGCUGACGAACAUAGCGUCCGGCACGUCGCUGCAGACGCGCAUGGUGAUAGAGGCGGGCGCCGUGCCCAUCUUCAUCCAGCUGCUGGGCUCGGAGUUCGAGGACGUGCAGGAGCAGGCGGUGUGGGCGCUGGGCAACAUCGCGGGCGACUCCCCCGAGUGCCGGGACCACGUGCUCAACUCAGGCAUCCUCGUGCCGCUGCUGCAGUUGCUGAGCAAGUCGGCGAAGCUGUCCAUGAUCAGGAACGCGGUGUGGGCGCUGUCGAACCUCUGCCGCGGGAAGAACCCGCCGCCCGUGUUCUCGAAGGUGUCCCCCUGCCUGCCCGUGCUGUCGCGCCUGCUGUUCCACGCCGACGGCGACGUGCUGGCGGACGCCUGCUGGGCCCUGUCGUACCUGUCGGACGGCCCCAACGACAAGAUCCAGGCGGUCAUCGACGCCGGGGUCUGCAGGCGUCUGGUCGAGCUGCUGAUGCACAACCAGCACAACGUGAUAUCGGCGGCGCUGCGGGCGGUUGGCAACAUCGUGACGGGCGAUGACGUGCAGACGCAGGUGGUGCUGAACUGCUCCGCGCUGCCGUGCCUGCUGCACCUGCUGGCCAACCCCAAGGAGACUAUCCGCAAGGAGGCGUGCUGGACCAUCUCCAACAUCACCGCCGGCAACCGCCAGCAGAUCCAGGCGGUAAUAGAUGCUAAUAUCUUCCCCGUCAUCAUUGACAUCCUGGGGCGAGCGGAGUUCAAGACGAGAAAAGAAGCAGCGUGGGCCAUAACAAACGCAACAUCAGGAGGCACAGCAGAGCAGAUACGAUAUCUUGUUGAUCAGGGCUGCAUCCCGCCCAUGUGCGACCUGCUGACGGUGAUGGACGCCAAGAUAGUGCAGGUGGCCCUCAACGGGCUGGAGAACAUCCUGAGGCUAGGCGACCAGGACGCCAAGGCCCACGGCUGCGUCAACCCGUACGCCGUGCUCAUCGAGGAGUGCUUCGGCCUGGACAAGAUCGAGUUCCUGCAGUCGCACGAGAACACGGAGAUCUACCAGAAGGCGUUCGACAUCAUCGAGCGCUACUUCGGCAGCGAGGAGGAAGACUCGCAGGUGGCCCCCUCGGUCGACCAGGAGACGCAGCAGUUCCAGUUCAGCGCCGAGCACGGCCUCCCGCGCGGGGGCUUCCAGUUCUGAGGGGGCCGUGCCAGGUCGGUCCGGUGCCCCGGCCCCCGGCCGGAGAGCAGCGUCGCUGUUGUUUCUCGUGCGUGCCAUUGGUUUCGAGGGGCUGUCCUCACGCAAGCAUAACAAAAAUUUGGCAAUGUGCCGUCAUCUCAUUCCGAACGUAAUCUGAAAGAAUGGCAAAUGAUGCGCAUUGAUGUUCGAAAUAAUUUUUUUUACGAUCUUUGCACGCGGUGGAAAUGGUUAAACAAAUGCUGCAGCGUGUAAGGGUCGUAAUCGUUGGUUCUCAGUUUUCUUUCUUAGAAUUUCGGACAUUCUGUUUGGACGUGCGCGAUGACUCGACACAAGUUCAACCGACUUGUCGAGUGAAACGUAGAAGGUACAACGUAACUAACGUCCUCGGCUAAAUCAAAUAUUGCACCUAAAUAUAUAGUUAAGUAUGUGUCGUAUGUGUUCUCCAUAAUGUCAGUUUUUUUUUCUUUUUAAGGCUUUUUGAUAGUUAGGUAAUUUGGGACAAUUUCCACAUUUUUGUUGAUUGUUAUACGUGUGGGUUUCGUUAGAUGUUAAACUGACAUUUUGAAUGUUUACAGGAGAUUUUUGGGUUUCUGAUGGAACCAUCAUAAAGAUGCAUACUUAACAGUUUUUGUUACCUUCCUCAAUGGAUACGAUCUUGAUAACCAUUUUUGUGUGUGCUAAUUGUGGUGCGCUGAAUAACACAGCUACCUACCAUGUGCUUAAUAUGUGGUACUAAUUUUGUCAACGGUAAUGUUCAGCAUGGAAGCAAAAUAAGCUGUGGCUUCAUGCUUCUCAAGUUUUUGACAUGCUUUAGAAGAAGUUGUAACGUCCAAAAUGGCAUGUACGUAUUGUUAAUAAUGCUGUAUUAUACUUCAAAGAUAUCUAUGGCGUACACUAUUGGCUGAUUUGUUCCACAGUUUCGGGUGUGUUCGUAGUUUUAUGCAUGGGUUCAGGCAGUAGACCGGACAACUACAGCACAAGACGACAAAGCGUUCACGAUUACGCUAGACUUAUCACUGGUGCUUUUUACCUGUUUUACCUCAAGUAGAUUGUUUGCUAAAGCAAUCUGUUACUUAAGUUCCAUGAGACCCACUCAUUCUGAUGAAAAAGAACUCUAAGUGACCCUUAAAUUAAGUGUAGAAUCAGUAAUCACAAAAUGUUAUUUUUGUAAAAUAUAUUUUCUCCCUCUCUGAUUAAUGCUUGUGAGAAUUAAAGGGUGGACACAUUUUGGGUGAAUUGUUACUGUCUGUAUUUCAGACAUGUUUUAAACAUUUAAACUGACAUGUACAUAAAGUGUAUUGUCUGUUCUUUCUUUAUAAAAACUACAUGCAAUUAAUCAGAAGAAGUAAAGGUGUCUCACUAAAACCAUAGAGGCCAAAAGUUAAGUUUUAAUGUUAAUAACAUAAUUGUACUUAAAAAAUUAUAUUUUCCAAAAAAAAAAAAUUGUACGUAAAGAAUGUGAUGUGUGUUUCAGUAUUGGUAAAUUCAUUAUGAAAUGCCAGUGAACAAAAUUAAUUGUUAGUUACUAAUUUUAUAAUUAAAAGGUUGUUAAUAAAAUGAUUUACAUGUCAUUAAAAAUGUAUGGUGUUACAUAUUAAGAUUUGUUAGAAAACUUCCUUGUACAUAUUGGUGGAGAUCUGGCAAACACUAGCCAUGUACACAUUAUUUGAUGUCAAAACACAAAAAAAAAAUUGGAUUCUUGGGAGAAGUGUAGGUUACCACAGUAUUAUUUUCAUUACAUUACAAAUUUAGAUAAUGUUUGGUUUGAAAGACUAUUUUAUAAUUUAUAAAAAGAGAAUACUUGUCGUUUUCUAUUUCUGUAUAAUUUCAGGGCCCUGUAAUUAUUAAAAGUUAAGAAUUUGGAAAAUAGUGAGCAGAAGUAAUGUAGCAUAUAAAUUAUUUGAUAUUAAUUUAAAAAUUUAAUUACAUUACAAAUUUAGAUAAUGUUUGGUUUGAAGGACUAUUUUAUAAUUUAUAAAAAGAGAAUACUUGUCAUUUUCUAUUUCUGUAUAAUUUCAGCGCCCUGUGUUUACUAAAAGUUAAGAAUUUGGAAAAUAGUGAGCAGAUGUAAUGUAGUAUAUAAAUUAUUUGAUAUUAAUUUGAAAAUAUGGUUUUAAUACCAGGAUAAAUACUGUACUAUAUUUCAAAUCAAAAUAACUUUAGUGUGCUGGUGUAGAAAAAACAAAAAAAAAUUGUAUUUGGAAUGUUAUUGUUACCUAAUUAACUUUCUCAUUAAUUUUAAUUCUGUGCAGUUGUACAACCAAUGAUAUUUGGUGAACUUUUUAUAUUUAUUUUUUAUUGAUAGUUAUUUUUUUUUUGUAGGUACAGCUUAAAUUAAGUAGGAAUUUACCCUUUAGUUCAAAAUUGUUUUUCUAGAAAUAUUUUGCUCUCAAAGUCUUUCAGAUUUAAAAGUCUGUGGAAGCCGACCACUAUUCCAAGAAAAUUCCAUUACAAACUCAAUUGUAUGUCAUUGCUCCUCAUAUGAUAAACCUGCAUACCAAUUUUUACCUUUGUUCUCAUUGUUAAUUUGUAUUUGAGCUUUGAACAGUGUCUGCAAUUUUUUCAUUGGCUGUGUAUUGAUACAUAAAUAGAAAGUAUGAUGCCAGCGUAGAUUCCACCAGCUUAAGGCAAUAAUGACUGGAAAAAUUUUAAUCAGCAUACCUCUCUUCCUCUGGCUUUGUAUAAACUUUUAGAAUAGAUUCACGGAAAUUAUUGUAUUAUUUAAAUUCUGCCAUGUGUGUUUUGAUAGAUAUCUUAUUUUUUAUUGUUUUGGAAAUCCUGUGAAUGUGUAGCAGGAUAAUAGGAAGAGAAAAAAAAUAGAAGUAAAUAUUAAGUUCCUUUUGUGCAAGAUGUGUGUGUUGCACGAAAUUUUAAACGGGAUCAAUAUUUGGUUUGAAAACCGCAAGGUAAAAAAUAACUAUUACACAGUAGCACCAGUUACCAUGGUAAUUAGACUGAGAUGAGAGACUUAAAGUUACUCAACUGAAGACUUGUACUUGAUAAACUGUGGUGCUUUCAUGCAGGUAUUUUUUUUUUUUUAAACUGUUUUGUAAAUAGGAGUGCGGAGGGAUUUGAAAGUACCUGACUGGACUUGGUGACGCGACGCGCUGACGACGCCCCGAGGGGAAAGUGCGACAGCCUGCCCCCCUCCCCACGCAUAUUGAUUUACACGUGGGGGUACCAUUCGUAGCAUCUAAAUAAAUUAAUCUGUGAUACUUGUGGCGUGUUUUUUUGAAAAGAGCAUAUCGCAGGUGGACUGUUGGGAGUAUAUGCUGCCUCGUUUAUUUUUUAAGAUCUCCGAUUUCCACCCCCCCUCCCUCUUGUAUUCUGCAGGGAUGUGGAAUGUGUAUCCGAGAAGUGUUGUGAAUGUAACAAACCUUGGGGGUUGCCCCACGGCAGACAUGGCGUAUAGCUAGUCGUGGGCUCCACCUCAUGUUCGAAAACAAUUUUUACCAGAACGAACUUUAUUAUUUGUACCUCAGAAAAUGAAUGAAUUACUUAUUUCUGGCUGUAAUGUUGGUCAGAGUUAUAAGUUGUAACAUUUAGAUCCAAGUGUAAACGAAAUUUACUGAAAUAAAUAUAUCUCUAUCUA